UCAGCCACAGUGCUUUGCCAGAGCCCUAAUUGUCCACACGGGAACCCACCAUCACGGCUAGAAUGCCCCACGUGCAAUAAGCUGGGCAUCCGUGGUUCCUUUUUCUGCGGACAGGAGUGUUUCAAAGGCAACUGGAAAACCCACAAAAUCGUCCAUGAUCUUGCGCGAUCCCCGGCCACUGCGGCUAAUCCAUCACAAGACGGCACUUUCCAUCCUUUCGUGAACUUCGAUUACACAGGCACUCUAAGACCCGUAUACCCCCUCUCUCCGAAACGCGAAGUUCCGGCACAUAUCCCGCGCCCUGACUACGCAACUGAUGAAGAUGGAGUACCGACCACAGAGAUGAAGCGAGCGGGUCAGCCUCCUCGUUUAUUGAGUGCGGAGGAAAUCAAAAAGAUGAAAACUGCGUGCAGGCUCGGUCGAGAAGUGCUGGACAUUGCAGCAGCAAUGGUGCGGCCAGGUGUGACCACUGAUGAAAUUGACGCUGUUGUUCACCAAGCCACAAUCGAGCGUGACGCAUACCCGUCGCCGUUGAACUAUCGCAAUUUCCCGAAAUCUGUCUGCACGUCUGUCAAUGAAACCAUAUGUCAUGGCAUCCCCGAUCGCAGGAAGUUACAAGAGGGUGACAUCAUAAAUCUCGAUAUAUCUUUAUACUACGAUGGCUUUCAUAGCGACGUGAAUGCCACAUACCCCGUCGGUGAAAUAGACGAAGACUCCAAGAAAUUGAUUCAAACCACUCGACAAUGUCUUGAUGAGGCAAUCAAGAUAUGCAAACCGGGUGCAUUGUUCCGUGACAUCGGCAAAGUUAUCGAGCCAAUUGCACGCGCAAACGGAUGUGCUGUCGUACGGACGUACACAGGUCACGGCAUUAACGACUUGUUCCAUACCGCCCCGAACAUUCCACACUACGCAAAGAAUAAAGCGGUUGGAACCAUGAAACCUGGAAUGUGCUUUACAAUAGAGCCGAUGAUUAACUUGGGUUUCAAUUGGGACACACACCACUGGCCCGAUAAUUGGACUGCUACCACAGUAGAUGGGAAACGCAGCGCCCAGUUUGAGGAAACUUUACUUAUCACAGAGACUGGUGUAGAAGUUUUGACUGCGGGGAGCACGGAUCUGUAGCAAGAACAUGUCAUUAUCUUUGCCAAGCGCACAUUCAGGGAUAGAUACACUUACAUGUUUUGGUCAGUAUUCUUCCACUCUCCGCUCCAAAAUAUUCCCCUCAGCGGCAAGGCACAUCGAAGCAUCUCGAGAUCGACUGAAUGAAUUCGGACAUUUAUGGAUGUGACAUGUGUACCCUUAUCUUUCCUCGUUUCCCCUUAUGCAAAAAUAUCGUUUCGUCUUUCAGCAAAUACACCCGCUGACAUUGACCCUUGGUAAUA